GCAUUGUUGGAGAAGAGCAGCUUCGUCGACAGGAAGGAACGUUUCUUUUUUUCCCCUGAUUUUGAGUGGGGUUUUUUUUUCGUAAGGGGUCGGUGAGACUAAAAUCCCGAGCAACACCUUGUGCCCCUUAGCCUGAGGGAACCAUAUUAGACCAACUUUCACUUCUUACAGAAUCUUUGGAAACGUUCUCGGUACGUCUUUCUCUUUCUCGCGUUCGCUCUCUCACAUGCAGACACGCGCGCGCGCACACUUAUACGUUCGCGAUGGAGGAGCGCGCACACGGGCCUUGAGGCAAGUGAACGAGAGAGAGAGAGGGGGAGAAAAAGUGAUCACGGCGCUAACAGUGACGUCAUCAUGGAUCCGCUGGAGACGGGACAGAAGUUCAGCCUGAGACAGGAUCAGGAUCUGGAUCCCAGCCUUCAGUUUCUGCCCGCCCCUGAUGCCAAAAAGCUCGAGAAGAGGCCAGUGCGUCACAGGAAGUUGUGGGUUGCCGCCGGCCUGGUGUCGGCAGCCGCCGCGUUGUCUCUGCUCACCGGGAUGCUUGUGUGGCGCUUCCACUUGCACCGCGACGGGGCCCUGAAGCGCAUCUACGUGGGCUCCAUGUCCAUCGCCAACCAGCGCUUCCUGCCGGCCUACGAAGACUCCGGCAGCGAUCCUUUUGUCAAGAUGGCGUCGCUCGUCAGCCAGCAGCUAAAAGUGAUGUAUGAAACAAAGGCGGCGUUGGGCAAAUACUUCCAACGCUCGUCGGUGGAAGCCUUCAGCGACGGCGGCGGCGAUUCUGUGACGGCAUACUACCGCUCCGAGUUCAGUGUCCCCGCGCCGCAGCAGGCCUCGGCCGAUAUGGCCGUCCAGUCGCUGCAAACUGCGGCAGGGAGUCCACAAAGCCGACAAGGGAGAGUGCUGCUGAAACCCCAGCGCUCGCUCAACGUCGAUGCCGUCGUCACGCGAGCCAUCGAUCCGCGCAUGACGUCACCAUCCUUAUUGGUCAAGAAGUCCUUUAACGUGCAUGUCCGAGAGGGCGGAGUCAUUCGGUCACCGGGUUUCCCCGAUUCCUCGUACCCGUCCAGCAUCUUCCUGCAGUGGCGCUUGAGAGCGGACGCCGGCCACCGCGUGCGACUGGACUUCCAAAAGCUGAUCCUGGAGGACGACUGCCAACACGACUUUGUCAGGAUUUAUGAUUCGCUUGCGCCCAUUGAGGAAAACACCAUCGCAGAACAUUGCGGCCUUCCUCGACGUUCUCUGUCCUUCGUGUCGUCGGGCAACGUCAUGUUGUUGACCCUGGUCACCAACGAGGAAAAGAACUUUCCGGGCUUCGUUGCUAACUUUUCGCAGGUCUCUCUGGCGCCACCAGACUGCGGAGGAACUCUGAGCGGUGACGUGGGCGUCUUCUCUUCACCUUACUUCCCGUCCAGCUACCCUCCUCAGGCUUCAUGCGUGUGGAACAUCCAGGUGUCCAAGGGCAAGUUGGUCAAAGUCAAGUUCAGCAAAUUCUAUGUCGGAAAUGACUCCAGUGAUUGUUCAAGAGAUUAUGUGGAAGUCAACGGCCGAAGGCUGUGUGGUGCGAAAGACGGAAGAACAGCGGUGGCCAGCAGAAGCAACCGGAUGACUGUCAAGUUCAACUCGGAUUGGUCAUAUGUGCACCAGGGUUUCUCCGCCACUUUCGAGGCCUUCAUCCCGAGUGACUCUUGUCCGGGGAAGUUCCGCUGCACCAACGGCUUGUGCGCGGACUCUCGUCUGCGCUGCGACGGCGUGGACGACUGCGGAGAUGCCAGCGACGAAGAAGACUGCGGCGCCUGUUCUCCCAAUGCCUUCCACUGCAGGAACGGUCACUGCGUCUCGCGGGCGACAGUGUGCGAUGGCAGAGACGACUGCAUCGAUGGCUCUGAUGAGUUCAAAUGUGAAAAAUCGGUCGCCAUGACGACGUGCCCAGACUCCAGCUUUCGCUGCAGAAACGGACGCUGCCUGGAUAAAGUCAACCCGGAGUGUGACGGCCAGGAGGACUGCGAGGAUGCGUCUGAUGAGGAAGCUUGUGAAUGCGGUUUACGGCCGUACAGAAGUUCUCGCAUUGUCGGCGGUGAGGCGUCGCAAGAGGGCGAGUGGCCCUGGCAGGUCAGCCUCCAGCUGGUGGGCCAGGGUCACGCAUGCGGCGCUUCCGUGUUGAGCAGCCGCUGGCUGCUGACUGCCGCCCACUGCGUCCAGGACAAGGGCUCGGUCAGGCACUCCCGGGCCGACCAAUGGGAAGCUCUCCUGGGCCAGCGCGUGCUGAGCCGCACUAACGAGUGGACGGUGAGGAGGAAGGUGAUGCGGAUCGUGGCCCACCGCGACUUCGACCGGCUCACUUUCGACAACGACGUGGCGCUGAUGGAGCUGGACUCAGACGUGCCGCUCAACCAGCACAUCUGGCCCAUCUGCCUGCCCUCCCCCUCGCACCGCUUCCCUGCCGGCCAGGAGGCUUGGAUAACCGGCUGGGGCGCCGGCAGAGAGGGAGGCGUGGCGGGGAGCAUCCUGCAGAAAGCCCAAGUUCGCAUCAUCGACAGUUCGCUGUGCAACCGUGUCAUGAACGAUGAGGUGACCGAUGGAAUGAUGUGCGCCGGCGUCCUCAAAGGUGGCGUGGACGCCUGCCAGGGGGACUCCGGGGGUCCGCUGUCUGUCGUCAACCCGAGUGGGCGGGUCUUCCUGGCCGGCGUGGUGAGCUGGGGCGAUGGUUGCGCUCGCAGGAACAAGCCGGGCAUCUACACACGAGUGACCCGAUAUCGCGGCUGGAUCAAGGAGCACAGCGGCCUUUAGCGACAACUCAUUCGACCGCCACCACAAGUUUGAAGAGUUUCAAGUUAAAGGUGCGCAUGUGUCAUCGACAUGUGAGAAUUUCGAACAAUGUGAUUAAUCACAUUGUUUGGAAAUUUCACUUGUCUCUAAAUCACAUGAGAGACACGAGACUUCUCAAACAGCAACUGGAGUUCAUACAGACCGCGAGGACCGCAGUUGCCCACCCCUGCUUGAGUCUUUAUUGACUUGUUAAGACUUUCUUGGGAUUCUUUACAAAAUGUCUGAAAAUGAUCCAUUCGUCCAUUUUCCAAUGCCCUUUAUCCUCACAAGGGGUGCUGGAGCCUAUCCCAGCCAUCUUUGGGGCAGUAGG